UCAUACCGAGUAUAUACCAGCUAAGCGAACAGUAAAAACUAAGAAAAUGGCAACAUCUAAAGUCCCCACAUUAAAAGUCAUUGACGCUUUACAUAUGAUUCCCCAAUAUUCAGGACAAACCGAAAUGUAUCCGUUCAUAAACGCAUGUGAAACUAUAAUUGAUUCAGUAGAUCCCGACCAAUUACCGUUACUAUUAAAAAUGAUAACCGCGACUAAAUUAACUGGUAGAGCUUUCAAUGUUACUAGAUAUAAAGAAAUUAAAGAAUGGAACGACAUUAAAAAAUUAUUAUUAGACGCAUUCGAAUCACCUUAUGGUGCCGCGAACUUACAAAUUGAACUUAACAUAAUAAAAUUUAAAAACGAUGAGACGAUUCAAGCAUAUAAUAACCGCGUAGAAGAAAUAUUCCAAAAAUUAUGCGACGCAGUAGCCGUAGGUAAACCGUCGUCCGAAGCAAUAGUAUUACGUGAGAAUAUUAAAGAGCAAGCUAUGGUUAGUUACAUUAACGGGUUACCCAACGAAAUAAAAUUUGAGGUGAAAACUAAAAAUCCAAAUUCUCUUGACCAAGCAAUGCAAGUAGCAUUAGUAGCCGAUAAAAACAUACGAACAUAUAAUAAUGUACAAGAUAUUUUUAGAGCAACCCAUAAUGAAUACAAUAAGCAAUCAAAUAAAUAUAACAAUAAUUAUAACAGUAACCGCGGUCAAAAUAAUAAUCAAAAUACAUCGUAUCGUAACAAUAACAGUUUCCGAGGUAGGAAUAAUAAUCAAGUACAAAAUUCUAGGAACAAUAAUUUUAAUGUUAGGCGAUGUUUUACGUGUAAUCGCGAAGGACAUUUUUCGUCACAAUGUAGGUUGAAUAAUCAAACGUAUACGCGACCGCCAAGCGGUAACACUAAUCAAAAUUCACGCGACACCUGCACGUAUUGUAAUAAGACGGGGCAUACAAUCGCGGUAUGUUACAAAAAACAAAACGACGAACGUCGUAAUAACUCGGGAAACGGGCCGAACUCUCACGCGACACACGGGGCGCGUGCGAUACAAACGAUAACCGUGGAUCCAUCAGAGAUUGCCUUCUGUAGUACUCCCGUACUGCACUUGUACACUUUAAUUAUUUAA